AAGAUGAGUAACAGUAUAAAAGCCAAUGCCAAAUUCUAAACUAAUCAAAGACAGAUCAGUUCAGUCUGCAAACAUGUCCAGCAAGGUCGUUGUCUUCUUCUGCAUUGCAGCAGUUGCUUCGGCUGGGAACCUGUACCAACCACAAGCUGCAUCAUACGGCGAAUAUUCUUCUCGUCCAUACGCACGUGAUGCUGUACCAAUAACUUAUGCCAAACCAAUAGGACAAGCAACUUCCUAUCAAUCUGUCAUCAGACAUGACGCACCCGCGUUCAAAACUGUGGUUGCUCCAUCAUCAUACGCAUCAGCACCAGUGACCUACGCGCCACCACCAGUGACUUACUCAUCAGCACCAGUGACCUACGCAUCAGCGCCUGUGACUUACGCAUCAUCACCAGUGACCUACGCAUCAGCGCCAGUGAGUUACGCACCAGCGCCUGUGUCGUACGCAGCGCCCGCUGUGACAACUUACGCCGCCCCUAUAGUGAAAGCCGUGGCCCCAGUGUCUUAUGUAGCACCAUCUAGAGCAGUGUCUCACCAAUCCGUGAACUUGCAAUCCUACAACCCAACACCAAUUGUAAAAUCGUAUCCCUCCGCGUCUGUCUACCCACAACCUAUUGUAACAUCUUAUUCGUCAGCUCCUGAAGCAACUUACUCUACACCUGCCAUUGCAGCGUAUCCUGCUACUCCUGGUGUGCGUGUAGCUCCAGCAGUACGUUUGGCUCCAGCCAGUUAUUCCCUCCCAGUCCCUGUCACAGUGCGAUACGCUCCAUCUCCAGCAAUUUCGAGCUAUUCUUCUGCACUAAAUCAUGCUACUCCUGCAAUAGCAUAUUCCUCCAACGCUGCACCUGCCGUAGCAUACGCAUCGACUCCCGCUGUUGCGUAUCCAUCCACCCCUACUGCGGGUUAUUCUAGUGCAGACUCAUACGCAUCAGCUCCGUACUCUUACGCAGCAUCAGCCCCUGUUAUCAACUCUGCUGUAAGAUAUUCAUCUGCCCCAGCGGUAUCUCGUGUUUCUUACUCCGGCACUGAUGCCAGCUAUGCUUGGAAGUGAUUUCUGUGAUAUUAAAUGUGUAAUAAAUGAUACAAUUACAAUCGAAUUAUAUUUAUUGACAAUU